AUGGCCUUCCUGGAGGACGAGGAGGACAUGCGCGCCUUCGAGGCGACGCUCAACUUCCUGGAGGAAUUCUCCACCGACUCGCUGCAGCCGCCGGCGCUCCCGCCGCUCGUGGACAACUCGGACGCCUCGAGUUCCGUGGCGUUCCGACUGUCGGACGUGCUGCCAUCGGAGCUCCAGCGCAAGCCGAACAGACCCAGGAAACCUCAGGCCAAUCCGAACCGCGUUCGGAACGAGCUCCGCUUCGAGCUGACUUACCUCCGCGAGAAGGUGUCGCAGCUGGAGCAGGAGCUGAGCUCGCUGCAGCUGCAGCCGAGAGUGAAGUUGCUGAGCAAUGGACAGGCUGGGGAGGUGUCGAGCUUGCAGGUUUCGAGUUCGCCUCACGUGUUGUCUGCCUGGAAGGGGGUAGCUGGGCGACAGAGACAGAGGAGGGAAGAUGCGGAGCGAGAGAACGCUCGACUGAGGCUCAUUGUCGAGCGCCAGAGGAAGGUGGCCAUCGAUUUGAGCGAAUUACUGCGGAAACGAAUGAAUGAGUGCACGCACGUGAGCGAUCCGUACGCCUCGGAGCGUCGUUUGGCUCGUGUGAUUGACUUCCACGGAGACAUUGGGGAGUUCCAGGAACUGUUCCAGCACCUUGAAGACGCCUACCAUGAAGUCGACGACGUGCUUCUGGCGAACGGCCUGGCGACCAUGGAUCUCCCCACCCACGAUGUGCAUAUUCGUGAAGGGGUUGGUGGCAAAUACCUUGAAUUCUUCGCGAACAAGGCAAUGCCAUUCGGCCAAGCUGCGACUUCUGAGGCUGCGUGGGACCACUUCAAGGGGGUGGACAAACACUGGAGCAACGGUGGGUUGUAUGAAAAGGCAACCAAGAAUCUCGACCAGACCUACACGGUCCUUGAAGACUUCACCAAGGAAAUGUUCUCCAACAACUUUAAGGCAGACAUGCAGCUGAAGCAGAUCGUUCGACGCUAUGUGGAGGUAGACCGCGACAUCAUCGUGUUCGUGUCCAAAGUCUCCCCUAUUGAGAUCAAGAACAAGGCAAUCGCCGGUUUGACCUACCACCUUCGCGGCUACGUCGUCACCAAACGCUCUCCAAUCGCGGGCACUGGGCAGGAUCUCUCGCUGCUGCAGUUCUGCUCGCGUAUCUCCUUUGACAAGGAGCCGGGUGUGUCAUACAACGCCAACCACAUUCGUGCUCUUACCAGGUUUUUGAUUGGCAACACGGUGGGUAAUAUCCGAUGCUACCAAGAGCGGAUUGAGAAUGCUUUGGUAGAUGGAGCUCUAAGGCAGGCGACAGUUGCAGCAACCAAUCGACUGGAAAUGGAGCUUAUGGGGGACACCGACGACGACAUGCGCGCCUUCGAGGCCACGCUGAGCUUCGUGGAGGAGUACGCGAGCGACGCGCUGUCGUCCAACGAGCUGCCCUCGCUGUCCGUGAGCUCGGACGUGUCCAACUCGUUCUCGCUGCGGCUGGCGGACGAGAUCCCUCCGGAGCUGCUGCCCAUUGGCGUCUCGCCGUCGUCCGCGUCCUCCCCCGCCUCGUCCGUCGCCACCGUCGACUCCGCGGCUGCGGGGCACCUGUCCGCAAUGAACCUGACCGCAAUGACACCCCACCACGCCGCUCCGGCCGCCACCCAAGCCGCCAAACCCAAGAAAUCGACUAGAAAAAGGAAACCCCAGGCCAACCCGAACCGGGCGCGCAACGAGCUGCGCUUCGAGCUGGCCUUCCUCCGGGAGAAGGUCACGCAGCUGCAACAAGAGCUGCAAGCGCUGCAGCCGGAGUCGGAGCCGGAGAACAAUCUGCUGUGCCAAGGAGAGCACUCGACGGCGCUGGCGACGGUCGGAGGAGCCGCGCGUCGGUCGCGUCCGUCGUCUCAAGUGCUGUGUGCCUGGAAGGGCGUGGCCGAUCGACAGCGACGCCGACGUGAAGACUCGGAGAGAGAAAACGCGCGGCUCAGGAUGACGGUGGAGCACCAACGGAAGGUCGCGAUUGACCUGAGCAAGCUGCUGCGCAAGCGAAUGGCUGAGUGUGCGGACGCGCAGGACCCGAGCGUCAAGGAGAACAGGUUCACGCGCGUGCUGGACUUCCAUGGCGACAUGGGCGAGUAUCAGGAGCUGUUCCAGAUUCUAGAGGACGCGUACCAGGACUUGGAUUCUGUGCUGGAAGAGACUGGCCUUGCCACGAUGAACAUCCCCACUGAGGACGUACACAUCCGUGAGGGAGUUGGAGGCAAAUAUCUCGAGUUCUUUGCCAACAAAGUGCUGCCGUUUGGACUUGAAGACACAACCGCGGCUGCUUGGGACCAUUUCAAAGGAGUCGAGAAGCACUGCGGGAACGGCGAGCUGUAUGAGAAGGCGGCCAUGAACCUCGACCAGCCCUACACAAUCAUCGAAGACUUCACAAAAGAAGUGUACUCGAACAGCUCUCGAGCAGACAUGCAGAUGAAGCAGAUCGUUCGACGGUAUGUUGAGCCGGACCGAGAUGUGGUCAUUUUCGUGUGUCGAGUUAAUCCUAUUGAGAUCAAGCACAAGGCCAUCGCCGGCCUGACGUACCACCUGCGCGGCUACGUGGUCACCAAAAAAUCCCCAGCGUCUACGCCAGAGCACGAGCUGUCUAUGCUGCAGUUCUGCUCUCGCAUCUCAAUCGAUAAAGAGCCUGGCGUGACAUACGACCCUGUUCACGUGCGAGCGCUGAGCAGGUUUUUGAUCGGCAACACGGCGGGGAACCUCCGGUGCUACCAAGAGCGUAUCGAGAACGCUCUUGUAGAUCAAGCCUUACGACGACAGAUGAGUUCUCCAGGCAGCGAGUGAUAUAUAGCAGAAUGCUUAGGUUCAGUCAGUGCCUACUAAAUUUUACACAACGACAAAUAGAGUCACACCUUGCAUCACG